CUUCCUCAUUGGCGCGGGGCGGAGAGGCGGAAUGUUCAACUCCUGACUCGGGCGGAAGCGUGGGAGCCGCGCCGGCCGCCGUCCUCUGGAACCCCGCUCGCCGCCCCUGCCCUCGCCGCGCGCGGGGCCUCGGCGCCCCCGGCUGCCUCUCGCGCCCGGCCCGGGAGCCAGAUUUUGUGGAAGUAUAAUACUUUGUCAUUAUGAGAUGUCGUCUCUCGGUACCUCAUUUGUGCAAAUUAAAUUUGAUGACUUGCAGUUUUUCGAAAACUGCGGUGGAGGAAGUUUUGGGAGUGUCUAUCGAGCCAAAUGGAUAUCACAGGACAAGGAGGUGGCUGUAAAGAAGCUACUCAAGAUAGAGAAAGAGGCAGAAAUACUCAGUGUCCUCAGUCACAGGAACAUCAUCCAGUUUUAUGGAGUAAUUCUUGAACCUCCCAACUAUGGUAUCGUCACAGAAUAUGCUUCUCUGGGAUCACUCUAUGACUACAUUAACAGUAACAGAAGUGAAGAGAUGGACAUGGAUCACAUUAUGACCUGGGCCACUGAUGUAGCCAAAGGAAUGCACUAUUUACAUAUGGAGGCUCCUGUCAAGGUGAUUCACAGAGAUCUCAAGUCAAGAAAUGUUGUUAUUGCUGCUGAUGGGGUGUUGAAGAUCUGCGAUUUUGGCGCCUCUCGGUUCCACAACCAUACAACACACAUGUCCUUGGUUGGAACUUUCCCGUGGAUGGCUCCAGAAGUUAUCCAGAGUCUCCCUGUGUCUGAAACUUGUGACACAUAUUCCUAUGGUGUGGUUCUCUGGGAGAUGCUAACAAGGGAGGUCCCCUUUAAAGGUUUGGAGGGAUUACAAGUAGCUUGGCUUGUAGUGGAAAAAAACGAGAGAUUAACCAUUCCAAGCAGUUGCCCCAAGAGUUUUGCUGAACUGUUACAUCAGUGUUGGGAAGCUGAUGCCAAGAAACGGCCAUCUUUCAAGCAAAUCAUUUCAAUCCUGGAGUCCAUGUCGCACGACGCGAACCUUCCUGACCAGUGUAACUCAUUCCUGCACCACAAGGCAGAGUGGAGGUGUGAAAUUGAAGCAACUCUUGAGAGGCUGAAGAAACUAGAACGUGACCUCAGCUUUAAAGAGCAGGAGCUCAAAGAACGAGAAAGACGGCUAAAGAUGUGGGAGCAAAAGCUGACGGAGCAGUCCAACACCCCGCUUCUCUUGCCUCUUGCUGCAAGAAUGUCUGAGGAGUCUUACUUUGAAUCUAAGACAGAGGAGUCAAACAGUGCAGAGAUGUCAUGUCAGAUCACAGCAGCAAGUAACGGGGAGGGCCAUGGCAUGAACCAAAGUCUGCAGGCCAUGAUGCUGAUGGGCUUUGGGGAUAUCUUCUCAAUGAACAAAGCAGGAGCUGUGCUGCAUUCUGGGAUGCAGAUAAACAUGCAAGCCAAGCAGAAUUCUUCCAAAACCACAUCUAAGAGAAGGGGGAAGAAGGUCAACAUGGCCCUGGGGUUCAGUGAUUUUGACUUGUCAGAAGGUGACGAUGAUGAUGGUGAUGGUGAGGAGGAGGAUAAUGACAUGGAUGACGAUAGUGAGUGAAAGCAGAAAGCAAAGUCGUAACACUGAAAAUGUCCGGGAAGACCGAAGAAACUGGUUAUCUCAGUCUGUACAAAAACCAGUAGCGAGGUAGAAAACCAAGCACGGCAUUUUUAGGCCAAUCACAUUUAUAUGACAGUCAUUUCUUUACAGUUUUACUUUUGAUUUGUCUUUGCUUACAGAAGAAGGGGGGGCGGUGGAUUAAGCCAAAAAGAUCUAUUCAAUGAAUCAGCAAAUGUGGUACCUGAUUAUAGAAACUGGUGAUUCUAUAUGCAAUAUAGCAUUUUUUAAUCUAAUGACAUUCUGUCUUUUUAAAAAUGAAUGUUAUAGUUUGAUUUGAUUUGAUUUAUUCAAUUGCUUAAAAAACUUGCGUUUUGAACACGCACUCUUAACUCCUCAUUCUUCUUUGACACUUGAUUUUCUUGUAACAUACUACAUUUUUUUUUCCCUUAUGGCAAUACAGCAUACUGUCAGAAAUAAUUGAUAGUGACUACAGACUCCAACAAUAAAAAAGUUGAGAUGAAAGGAGGUUGUAACAAAUACUUCUACAGAAAUACCUAAGUGCCGAGAAUUUUUAAUACUUAAUAGCACAACUACUGAAAGUAAAACACAAGAGAUGUUUUCAGUAGUACAUUUGCAGGAAAAAUAAUUUGAAACCGACAGCAGAUGUUGUGGCACUUUCAUACCAGUGCUCACCCUAGAAGCUUCUUCACAGCACACUGUCAUCUAAGGCUUAGCUUAUGCUUUAUACAAAGUGUAUACUUUAUACAAAGAGAAAGAGAGGGUAAGGGAUACUUCCAGGCAGUGUGAGUGUUAAUACGGGGCAAUAGGGGUACAUGUGUGUGUGUUUGUUUUGCAGAGGGGCAUGAGAACCCUGCCUUCUAAAUACAUGUAGAGAUAUUUUAAAGGGGGAGCUAUAUAUUAUAGAAAGAAUAGCAAAGAUAAGCUGUCCUUACUUAGGCAAAAGUGCAGAAUGAGGGUACUUUGUAUAGCAGAUCUAACCUUCCAGAUUUGUCUUUUAUUAACCCUGCCUCAGCUAUGCUGGUGUUAAAGAAAAGUAAAUGUAGGGGACUUCCUAGGUGGCACAGUGGUUAAGAAUCUGCCUGCCAGUGCAGGGGACAUGAGUUCAGUCCCUGCUCUAGGAAGAUCCCACAUGCCGAGGAGCAACCAAGUCCAUGCGCACACAACUAUUGAGCUUGCGCUCUAGAGUCCAUGAGCCACAACUGCUGAGCCCAUGUGCCGCAACUACUGAAGCCCACGCGCCUGGUGCCCGUACUCCACACACGGGUGCUGCACGCACCACAAUGAAUAGUAGCCUCUGCCCCCCCAUCACAACUAGAGAAAGCUUGUGCGCAGCAAUGAAGACCCAGUGCAGCGAAUAAAUAAUUAAAAAAUAAAUAAAUUUAUUUUUUUAAAAAAAAAAGCAAAUGUAAGUGCUGCUCUGAAAACCUAGCUAGCCAGAGAGUUGUUCUCAGAAUGUUAUCACAGAAUUGUCAGAGCUUAUUUAAACUAUAAAACACUUUACUAAAAAACUACAAAACAUUUGUAGUUAUGUAUAUACAGAAAGGCAAAAGAACAAAGAACAGCUUUUUCUUUCAGUCUAAAUUUGAAAGCAGUGCCGUUCAUUUGACUAUUAAACCAAAGUACUUUGGGUGGUUCUUUUUACAGAAGAUUUAAGACUUAAAGGAUAUCAUCAUAGAUAUUAUCUAAUACUAUUUCCAAGUAUAUCUGAUCAUAAAAAGCCUCCUGGAAUUUGAAGCAUGACAUGUUUCUAAUCCCCAUUAAGGGUGGAAAAAUACCACAAAAUGAUCAGUACUCUCUGCCAGCUUUAUUUGAAGAAAAAUUGCUAAUAAAGUGUUCUGGGUGUGAAAUGUAGACCAUUCUGUAUAGAAUAGCAAUAAAGGGAAGGACCUAGAGUCAGAUCAUGAUUCAAAAUUGCCGUGCAAUCUUGGGUAAAUUAUUUAACUUGUGUGUCUGUUCGCUCACCUUUAACAUAAGAACAGCAAUAGUAUCUACUUAAAGGAUUGUUAUGAGGGUUAAAUGAAAUGAUACAUGCAAAGCACUUAACACAGUACCAGGCCCAUAGUAAGUGGUUAGUUAAUAUUAGCUAUUGUUAACUAUGCCAGUGAAAAGACACUGAAAAACAAGUGGUUUCUGUAACCUGGAGAACAAAACUAUCAAUUUCAAGUGAUAUGUAUUGAGCAGGAUGAGAUGAAACUUAAAGGAAAGAUAAAGAAAACUCUUUAGAACAUAAGCUGUACAAGCAGAUCUACUCUGUCGCCCUUUGAAGAUCAUGCCCAUGGCAAGGUUUGCCUGCUCGGAGGUGUUUGCAGGCCCCUGCUGCCACCCACAGACCAGGCAGACACAGAAAGAAGAGGUAAACGUUUCCCCUAGAAGAUGGGUUCCCCACAUACCCAAUCUGAUAUACUUCCUAUGUCUAUGCAGACAUAGACACAGAUACACACGCACCACAAUACGGUGCUGGUGACAGACAGGUGCAAACGUAAAUAGGCAUUGUGUCUGCGCUCAGACAUAGAGGGGUCCUCCUUGAUUCAAGCUGAGCCACUCAAGCAGAAGACCUUGGAGUGGAGCAGAGGGGAUGGUUUUCAGCUCUUGACUUCUCAGCAUGCCCUGGGGCUCUGUGGCCAUGUAACCUGAAGGAGAGCCAGAGACCACGUAGUUCAGAGCCUCUUGUUGCACAUCUUCCCAGGCCAAGGUAAAGUCAUCCACCCCACCAAUAUUCAUUGAGCCCCACCUCUGCACCUGGUACCAUUCUAGGGAACAGCUCGAUGAAAAUCUGCACUUGUGGAGCUUACUAGCGGGUAGCGAUCGACAACAAACAGAACAAAUCCUGUAGUAAACAUUUGAUAAGUGCACGCUGGGAGACGAAGCAGGAAAGGAGGAUGAGGCGCAUAGGAGAGGGUUGUGGACUUUAAAAUGUGGUCAGGAAAGGCCUUAUUGAUAAUGGAAUCUCUGUGGGCUACUUUGGGAUCUGUGCACCUUAUGUAAGAGUGUAAACCUUGCCUUUUAUUUGUGAAUAACCAGAAGUAAAUUUAGAACAUAUGAAAUGAAUGGGAUGGACAUCUUUUUUAAUUUACAUUAAAUAAAAAUGUAAAACAAUUAGAUCUGUUAUGAUCAUACAUAAGGUUUUGGUGCAUUAAUAAAAGCAGCCAAAUAGGGCCAAAAGAGAAAGGUAAUAACUGAGCCCUAGAUUUACCAUCAUUCAAGUAAUAUUUCUCUAAUCUCUCAAUUGCUGCCAUUUUCCUCACCAAUACUCCAGAGGUGACCAUAGCUCAGUACUCUGCCAUCAAGAAACUGCAGAGGUUUCGGACACAGCAGAAUUGAUGGCCUUAGUGAUAAGCUUGAACUGUUCUAACCUAAAAGUGGGCUGUAGAUAAUUACUGUGUGGCGCUGGCUAUUUUACUUUCUGUUCUAAAUCAGUGUAUUUCUAGGGUUUUGAACAUCCCUGAAAUCUAAACAGGGAUGUUCACGUAAACAGACUCUUAAAGUGGUUUCACUCGAUCUAUGAAGGGGACUUCGAAGAUUUUAGACUCUAUUAUUAGCUUUAAUAAUUUUAAAAAUAAAUAUUUAUUAGCCAUAUGCAGAAUUUCUAAUGAAGAUGUUAAUUAUACAGCUUUUAUUUCACUUUUCAGAUCAGUUUUCAAAAUGGCAAAUUUGAAAAUUAUUUCCAAAUACUUGACUUACAAAAAUGUACAUUUAUAAAGAGAAGAGUUAAACAGAGAGUAGAAAAUAGAUAACUAAUAAGAACCUACACAGGGAACUCUACUCAAUACUCUGUAAUGACCUAUAUGGGAGAAGAAUCUAAAAAAGAAUGGAUAUGUGUAUAUGUAUAACUGAUUCACUUUGCUGUACAGCAGACACUAACACAGCAUUGUAAGUCAAGUAUACUCCAAUAAAAAUUAAUUUAAAAAAAGAAAUUUGAAGUUGCACGUUGAGAAUUGAAACUCCAGAUUGUGGUAAUAAUUAUCAGAGCCAUGCAACUGAAAAUAUAACUAAUGUUUCACCUUUUUUCCUCCACUCCUAAAGUGGAUCAUGUAGAAUUUGAUGACACCCUCUUAGUGGUUCUCAACCAAAUGGUGUUUGGUGAUGCUGGGGCAUAUAUUUGGUUGUCUGGGAGCAUAUUUAGUGCCCAGUGCCCAAAAUCCUACGUGCCAGUCCCUCCCAAUAAAAAAAUUCCUUCCAAAAUACCCAUAGCAUUGUCCCUUCCUCCACUGAGAAAUGUAGCUAAACCUGGCAGUUUUAGAGUUCCACAUAUCAUUUUUUUCCCCACUAAACAGAAUUACCCAAGUCAAAAGAUGCAUUUUCAGAAUUACAACUACUUACACAAUCUGAAUUUUGUAGAUUUGUGCCAUUUAUCUUAAGGCCUCACUUGUGGAAAUUGUUUCCCCUUAAGAAUGCUGGUUCCGGGGGCGGGUGGAGGGGGCAAGGUGUCUCCUGAGACACUGAUUCAACAACAAAUAAAAAAGAAAAAUAUCACUGGAGUAGGUACAGUUCCACAGAGUAUCCAGGUUAACUUGAAAGGACCCGUUUCUUAACAGUCUUCUUUUUUUUUGGCAAUAUCACAUUUUAAUAUUUUGCAUGAAUCGUCAAUAGGAAGAGGUUGAAGGCACAUUAUGCACUUGUUUUUGAUGCUCUGGAGGUGUUGAGAGCCGGUUUUUAGCCGGUGAUUUUUAAUAUGCAGUAGAUUUGUAAAACUUUAACACCAUUUGGGUAAUCCACACUUGAUGCCCAUGAAAAUCAAGGAAUUAGGGGUGUGGGAAGGUUUGGGAGAGAUCUAAAGCGAUUUCUCACUGCAUUACAACGUACACAACUUUGUUUUUCAGAGGUUUCAUUGGAGUGGUAACAAUUUUAUGAAAAAUCAUUUUAAAACCUAUUCUGAGUUUAAUCUUGAUCCUUUCUUUUGAUACACUAGACUUAUUGCUGCCUUUUGAAACUAGUAGUCUACUAUACCGCAUACAUAAUAGAGCAUAAUUUUUCUAUAAUCAGGUACCUUUUGCUGCUUUGGGGUGAGACUGUUUUCCUGUUUAGAGGUUAAGCAUUGCCAGAGAGAAGAGUCUGUUCUGUUCUUUUGAUUGUGGCAUAGCCUGAUAGCUGUAGAUGCAGCCUCUCUGAUGAGAAAUGAGUGUCUACCAGGACAUCUGGAGGACUAGCUAUGUUUCCUCAGACUCCAGCUUAGUUUGCACUCCAUUGCCUGUGAGGAGCUUUCUGGCAUGUGAUUAUUUACUUCAGAACUAGAGUUUCAGGCACCUACAUUAAGUACUUUAUAUUGUGUGCAGAAUAAUAGAUCUUUUAAUGUCAGAUACAAUACACUGCACAUACUGCUUUUGCACUGUUUUAAAAUUUUUGUACUAAAUGAUAGAAAAUAUUUAUAUUCUUUGAGUGUGAGCUUUGAAUAGAUGGAAUUAUCACCUUAUUGUUUUGUUUUUUUUUAACAAAACGUUUUUCUCAAUUAUUCUAUUGCCAUGUUAUUCUGAGCAAGUCCUAUGCCAAAAUCUUGUAUCAUAUUUGUAUGGAAGAUUAAAUUUUACGCUUGUGUGGUAAGACUACUCAGUUAUUGACUUCAUCGUUGGAAUUUGAUAUUCCAACACAAAGUCCACAAUGUAUUCAGAAAUCCAAGUUGGUGUCAUUUUGAUGUGAACUUUUCUUUGCUUUCCUUUGUUUUAAGACUCCAUUUUGCAAUAAACAUUUUGACAGUAAA